AUCCGCAGCGAAUCGCCGUCCCUUCCCUUAGCUUCUCUUCUCACUUUCCUCAUUCCUUUCCGUCUCUCCUCUCAGCAUGGAACCCCACUCCCCUGUCCGACGCAAACCAUCUCAAGCUCGCCGUGCUCGGGCUGCCUCCCACCUUCCUCAACCCCAGACACCCGAAACGCACGCAGCUGCACUCCUUGCCGUGCGCAAGUUCAUGAAAUCCUACACGCCCUACGAUGUAUUCCCGGUAUCGUUCAAACAGAUCGUUAUAGAUACGCAGCUUGAAGUGAAGAAGGCGCUGCAAGCAUUGCUGCAGAAUGGAAACGUCUCAGCGCCAUUGUGGAACUCGGAAAAAAACCAAUUCGCCGGGCUCUUUACAGUGCUCGACAUCAUCCACCUCAUCCAAUACUAUUACGCCACCGCCACGUCCAUGGACAGCGCCGUCAGCGACGUCGAGCACUUUCGUCUAGAAGCCAUCCGCGAUAUCGAGCGAGCCAUCAACGUUCCCCCUCCUCCGCUCAUAUCUGUUCAUCCCUUGGAGAGUCUGUAUGAGGCGUGCAGGAUGAUGCUUCAGACGCAUGCGCAUCGCUUACCGCUGAUCGAUAAGGAUUCGCAGACGAGCGACCCUCUAGUGUUGAGCGUGUUGACGCAGUAUAGGGUAUUGAAGUUCAUUGCCGCUAACUGCCGAGAUACCUCACACCUGCACAUGUCUCUCCGCACCCUCGGUAUUGGAGCGUACGUUCAACCUGGGGUGAAACUGGACGACCCACAUUGGCCCCUUGCAACUGCAACAAUGGACACAACCGUGUUCGAUGUAGUACAUAUGUUCUCUGCCCGAGGUAUCAGCGCUGUACCGAUCGUAGACUCAAACGGCAAAGUCAUCAAUCUGUAUGAGACAGUAGACGUUAUCACGCUGGUGAGAAACGGCGCGUAUCAACAUUUGGAUCUGACGAUCUCCGAGGCCCUCUCACACCGGAGCGCUGACUUUCCCGGUGUGAUUACAUGCACGGGCCGCGACUCGCUCGGAGCGCUCAUGUUCCUCCUCCGGCAGAGGCGCGUACACAGACUUGUAGUGGUUGAAGGAGAGGAAGUAGAGGAGAGCAGACGCGGCAGGCUAGUAGGUAUCAUCAGCUUAAGCGACGUGCUCAAGUAUCUUGUUGGGCCCAUAGAAGGGGGGGCGCUGCAAGAGAAAUGAAGAACACGAGCAAAGCGUGUAAUUUAAAGGUUGAUGCGGGAGCUGACAUAUACGAUAGUUGACCUGUAUGCUAGAUGUGUGAGCGACAACAAUGACAGUAAUGGAAAUGUAUCGAGAACUAAGAGAUAUACGUCUGAUUAUACGCGCGGCUAAUUUUGGUGUUCAAUCGGUGGGGGCAGCUAUGUAGCCGUCUUGUUUUGUUUUCCCCACUUGCCUUAGGAAAGCGCGCAUCUGGCCAAGGACCUGCAUGAAAUCCAUCUGAGCGGCUCUGCUAGCUGGUGUAUGCCUAGCCUUAACGACCCGAGGGCGCGGUAUCUGCUCUGGACAAGGUGUGCUCGCACGGCAGCCAU